GUCAGUUGGUCCAGCUUGGAGGCAGCUACAGCGCAGACGCAGUCUUUUUGCCGUUUCCGGCUCUUAGAGAGGAUGGAGACGUCUGGGUGGGGUUGGUGAACGAGUUGAGAGAGUGCCCCUGCUGGGCCAAGAGCGCGAGCUGCCGAACGCCCCCAGGGGCCCCGGCGCCUGCGAACGCUACUGUUACCCUCAGUGUGUUACCGGGAGAGCGCUCCGUGGUUCGCUUCAAACGGUGUCUCGAAAGACCUGAGCUGAACGACUGCUUUGGAGUCGUCGAGAAACGGGAGCAGGGCUCCAUCUCGGUGAGCCUGGCCGGAGGAGCUUUGGUGCAAGGAGUGACGGCCAAGGACGUCAGCUUGGUGACCCUUGAGGAGGUGGAACCGGCCAGUGUGAGAGAAGUGCUUGGGGAGCAGCUGAAGGCUUUGCAAGCUCAGCAAGGAAACGUCCUUGCCGGGAAGCCCGAAGGGCCAGAAGGGCCACCGGUAGCAGAGCAGGCUGCCUACGCCCCAUUGCAAGGGCAGGAGAACAUGCUGGAGCAAGCCAAGAAGGUCAAGGACUUGCUGGUGCAGUGGCAUGGGCGAUCGGCCCUGCUACCAGUGUGGGCGAAGUCGUUUUGGCAAGAGGUUGGUCUUCUGGAGCCUUUGGAGAGAAGGUUGAAGGUGCUCCUCUUGGCCCAGGGCUACUUGGGCCGAGGAGUUGGCACCCCGCCGCGCUUCAAGGAACUCAAGGAGAAGCUUGAGGAGUUGGCUGCGGCAGGCGCUGUCUCCCACUCGUUGGAGGCUUUCCGGGCUCAAGAGAGCCUGGCGUGGCAAGACGAGGGGGAGGAAGGCCUGGAGGGCUGGGAGGAUGCUGCACAGAGUAUGCUUGCGAUCAAGCCGUCUUCUUUCUCUUCAGAUGUGGCGCCGAGUUGGUUGGUGACGGAAGCGGCUUCCUACAGCCAAUCGGAGCAUAAGCGCCGGGAGCGCGCGCGCGCGCAGGCCGGCGGUCACCAUGGCGGGGGCAACAGCAAGGGCGGCGAGCCCAAGGGCGGAAAGGGCAAAGGAAAGGACAAGAAGAAGGGUGGGGGCAAGGCCUCCACUCAGGGCUGA